AUGGCGUCCGUGGACAAGCCUCCUUCGGAUAGCAAAGAGGAGCAACGGGCCCGAGACAAGCGAGAAAGAGAUGAGCUUCACGAGCGCAUUAUCGAGCGAGAGAGGCAGAGCAAGCGCCAUGUCGCGGGCAGCAGCAGGAAUGAGGAGCCCGCGCAAGGCCAGCAGAAGCAGUUCGAAUUCCAGAAUGAGGAAGAGCGCAGAGAAGCCAUUGACCACAUCCGUCUCAUGGCCCGGCGGAAAUAUCUCGGCGAGCGAGAGGUGAAGAUCUCUGACCUGCGUGGACGCCAGGUGUCCGAUGCGGAGUGGUUGCUGAAGGGCGAGAAGCUGUCGUCGUCGGAGCAGCAGUACAUCCAGCUCGAGAGGGAGCUAUACGAUGUGACAAAGCAGCGCAUUGAGGAGCGUGGAUUGGAACGGCAAGACACGUACAAUAUGCCCGAUACCUACGACGACGAAGAGAUGAGCGGAAAAGGUCGGGAUAAGCGCUUCGCGGUGCUUGAACAACGCUACCAGCAAACCUACGACGAGAAGUGGCAGCCGAACGAGGAGCAGCAGCUGGAGGAUGCGACUGUUAACAAGGCCGUGACCAAAUACGGUGCCCAGAAAGGCCGAAAGGAGAACAAAGACAAGACGCAGUACGAGCUGAUCCUGGAGGAUGCCGUGGAGUUUGGCGAGGCGGAAGUCGUCGGCGGUAACUUCAAGGCCCCAACCAUCGCGGAGGGUCCGAAGGCAGAAGCCUCCAGCGACGAAGAUGAGAAGGACAUGAACGUGCCGAAAUCAGUCCGCGAUGCGAGAGCAGACAAGAUGCUGAAGAAGGAGGCGGACAAGCUGCUGAAAGAUCGCAAGUCGCUGCCAGUGUACCUCUACAAGGCGCCGUUGCUUGAGGCUGUGCGCGACUACCAGGUGCUGAUCAUCGUUGGGGAGACCGGCUCUGGGAAGACCACGCAGAUCCCGCAGUACCUCCACGAGGUUGGCUACUCGAAGAUCGGCAAGAUCGGGUGCACGCAGCCCCGGCGAGUCGCGGCGAUGUCUGUUGCGGCACGUGUGGCGACGGAAUACGGCUGCAAGAUUGGUCAUGAAGUUGGCUACAACAUCCGUUUCGAGGAUUGCACCACCGACCGUACCAUCAUUGAGUACAUGACCGACGGAAUGCUCUUACGGAGCUUCCUGCACGAGCCCGACAUGGCCUCCUACUCUGUGAUGAUGGUGGACGAAGCGCACGAAAGGACUCUCCACACCGACGUGCUCUUUGGCCUGGUCAAGGAUGUGGCCCGCUUCCGUCAAGAUCUGAAGUUGAUCAUCUCCUCAGCCACGCUGGAUGCCGAGAAGUUCUCCGAGUACUUCGACAAUGCGCCUAUCUUCAACGUCCCCGGCCGGCGCUAUCCCGUGAGUAUCCACUACACGAAGGCACCGGAAGCCAACUAUCUGGAUGCGUGUGUCAUCACGGUGCUCCAGAUUCACUUGACGCAGGGGCCUGGUGAUGUGCUCGUCUUCUUCACAGGACAGCAAGAGAUCGAGGAGGCAAUGGACCUGCUUAGCUUCAAGACACGAGGGAUGGGAACUGCGAUGGGGGAGCUCUUGGUCCUUCCGAUCUACGCCAACCUGCCCACGGAUAUGCAGGCAAAGAUCUUCGAAAAGACGCCAGAUGGCGCGAGAAAAGUCGUCCUGGCUACGAACAUCGCCGAAACCUCCAUCACCAUUGACAACAUCGUCUUUGUGAUCGACCCGGGCUUUUGCAAGCAGAACUCCUUCAACCCACGGACAGGCAUGGAGUCCUUGAUCGUCGUGCCCUGCUCGAAGGCCUCGGCCAAUCAGCGAGCAGGUCGUGCUGGCCGGGUCAAGCCUGGGAAAUGCUUCCGACUCUUCACGAAGUGGUCCUACGAGCAUGAGCUGGACGACGACAACGCCCCGGAGAUCCAGCGAUCGAACUUGGGCCACGUGGUGCUGAUGCUCAAGUCUAUCGGCAUCGAUGACCUCCUGCAUUUCGACUUCAUGGAUCCUCCUCCUCCAGAGACGCUGAUCAAGGCCCUCGAGCAACUCUACGCGCUGAGUGCGCUGAACGACCAGGGUGACCUCACGAAGCUCGGCCGGCGCAUGGCGGAGUUUCCCAUGGAUCCACAGCAAUCGAAGUCCUUGAUCCAGGCAGACAAGUACAAGUGCGUGGACGAGGUGGUCACGAUCUGUAGCAUGCUUGGCGUGGACGGCGCCAUCUUCUACCGCCCCAAGGACAAAGGCAUCCAUGCGGACAAUGCCCGGAAGAAUUUCCACAAGCCUGGCGGCGACCACAUGACGAUGCUGCAUGUGUACAAGCAGUGGGAAGAGACCGGCUACUCCCUGAACUGGUGCAUGGAGAACUACCUGCAGAACAGGUCGCUGAAGCGCGCGCGAGAUAUUCGGGAGCAGCUCGUGGACAUGCUCGAGAAGGUGGAGAUAGAACACUCCUCUAACGUCCAAGAUCUGGACGGUCAGAGGAAGUCUAUCCUCAGCGGCUUCUUCUACAACACGGCCCGCUUGCGAAAGGAUGGGUCCUAUGUCACGGUGAAGCAUCCGCACACUGUCGAGAUCCAUCCCACCUCGUGCCUCUUCGGGCAGCAGCCAAAGCUCGUCUGCUACCACGAGUUAGUCCUGACGACGAAGGAGUUCAUGCGCUCGUGCAUCGAAGUGAAGCCGGAGUGGCUCCUUGAGGUGGCGCCGCACUUCUACCAGUCCAAGGAUCUGGACGGCUUCAAGGGCAAAAUGCCGAAGGGCCAGGGAGUGGGCACAUCGGCAGAGAAGCGUUGA